CAAACCAUGGCAACGUUAUCAAGCAGGCGUCUUAUCACGGCCAUCUUGGGCGUCCUUGCCUGUGGUGCAGGGACGGCCCUUGGCGGCCAGCUUUCUGCGCGAGCAUGCGCGGGGACGGUCAAGGCCAAGAAUGGAGAUACGUGCGCAUCUCUCGCGCGAGACCACGGGAUAACCGUGUCGCAGUUCCUGCUGGACAACCCCGCCGUAUCCAGCUGCGACCUGCUCGUCAUCGGCCAGGAGUACUGCAUCGCCGAGGACGCAGGUGGACCACCGGCCGUGUCCACCGGCUCCUCGAGUCGGCCGACGUCGACCGCGUCCUCGCCAUCGCCAACCCCCAAGGUCAGCGAGGACGGGAGCUGCGGCAACGGAGUCACUUGCGCGGGGUCGGAGUUUGGCACUUGCUGCUCCGAGCACGGCUACUGUGGCGACGGCGAUAAUUACUGCCUCGCCGGGUGCCAGCAAGCCUUUGGGAAAUGCGACAAUCCGGGUGGUGGUGCCCCCGGAGGGACGACGGCUCCGCCAGCCACUCAGCCUGCCGGACCGACGGCCACGACGACAGUCACAAAGACGUCUCUCGUGACGUCGACCAAGACGUCGACCACCAUAGCCACCAGCAUAGUGACCAGCCUCGUGAUCAAGACGACCACCAGCACGGCCGUCAUCGGCGCGCCGGCGACGAGCACGGCGACAGUGACGGCGACGGUAACAUCGACCAAGACGGCGACAAGCAUCGUCAUCGGGACGGCGACGGGCCCGGGCGUCGGGGCGCCGGUGACGAGCACGACGAUCCUGACACUGACGAGCAAGGUGGUGACGACCUCAACGGCGACGGUGACGACGACGAGCACCUUUGUCAGGACCGCGACGAGCAUCGUCCUGGGGGGCUCGGGCACGACCACCACGACCAGGACCGUCACGAGCACCGUCGUCGGCGGCGGGGCCUGCUCCCCGACCAAGCCAGACACUGUCAUCACGCCGACCCGCGGGCCGCAGCCUUCUGCGCCGUCGCCGACGCUGCCUGGGACGGCGGAGAAUUGUCGGACGUACUACAAGGUAUCGUCUAACGACACCUGCCUGCGGAUCGCGCAGAGAAACGGCAUCUCUCAAAGCGAAUUCAUCAGUUGGAACCCGUCCAUAGGGGCAACGUCAAACCCCCUCGACGCGGUCCUCUGCUCUCCCGGCCUGUUGGAUCUACUCCUCCAGGGGCUUUGUCAAGUCAGUUGCGAUAACCUGUGGGAGGGGUAUUACGUCUGCGUGGAGGCUUGAUAUGGGGGUUAAAAGAAGGGGAAGGCCUUUUGCAACGAUUGCCAAUAAUUAACAUCAUGGCAAUUGGUGUUUGUGUUUAUGUAUGUUAUGUUUGAUUCGAAAAUCAACGGGCUGAGAGUCCUGCGCAGAUGGGUUUCGUGAUGAAUCUGAUGAAGAUUAUUAGUUAGCCUUGUAAAGUUGGGAAUUCGAGCCAGACGUUUCGUGAAGUGUCAUCUGCAGUGUCGUGGGAUUAACAGAGGUGAGGCACUCUUGAGAUAAAAGUUUCUUUCCCCGGUUUGUCGUCCAAUCGCG